AUAAAUCUUAAUAUUUUAUUCAGAAAUGUAGAAAAGAUCAGCUUUUUGUAUCUAUCUCCACUAAUUUCAAAAUUGCUGUGUUGCGCAAAGGUUUGAAAGAUUACGGUAACCGAUGAGUCUUUAAUCAUUUAUUUUGAGGGAAUCUUUGGGGUAAAAUAAACUAAGCCUGUCAACAAAAUAUAUAAAAAUAUAUUAAUAAUGAUGUACAACAAAUUCUGGCCCUGUAAAUGUUUUUUUUAAUGUUGUCCAACAUGGACAAACUAAUGGAGCAAUACAUAAUUGAUUGACUAAUUAAUAGAUUUAUGUGCAUUUAAUACAUGGUUGAUUGACAUAAUUAUUGCCACUAAUUAUGGUAUUGGUAUGUAAAUAAACCUUUAGUUCCAUCACCGUCACAGCGGAGGGAAGACACGUAAAUUAAACACAUUGAUCUUGAGUAGACACCUUUCUGCUGCAUCUCCGCCCCGGGUCACACCCACCCUCCCUCUGUGUGUAUGUCGACAGCCUGGGAACCCGACCAACCAAAGCUGUCACUUUGUCUGAUCUGGUCGAAGGGUCACGACCGACAACUCGGAUAUUUAUCAACACCGUGGCGACGUUCGCGAUGAUAGUGAGGAGACUUUGGCACCACUUGUCGGACGCGUAAUUUGGUGCAGGAUCGUUGGCACUGAGGUGGUUUUAUGACUGUAAGUUGUUAAUUAUACCAUUUAAAAGAUGACUUUUCACAGUAAGAAAUUCAUGGACCACAUACCGCACGUCCCUCCUCUGGCUCUCCAUCGGUUCUCCAUGGUCGACAGCGGUGCGCACUACAAGGAUGCGCUCAGACGCGGGCUGCCGUUGCACCUGGACGCCGGGUAUUUGGACGCCGUGCACGACCAGGUGUUGCCAUACAGACGUAUACCAUGCUUCCCCCUUCACGGAUCCAUCGGCGUGUGCGAGUACCCCUUCGAACCGGCGUUCAUCCGGAAAAGGAACGAAAGGGAGCGACACCGGGUGCGCUGCGUAAACGAGGGUUACGCGCGGCUGCGGGAGCAUCUGCCGCAGGAGUUCGACGACAGACGGCUGAGCAAAGUGGAGACACUGAGGGCGGCCAUUGACUAUAUCAAACACCUGCAGAGUCUGCUCGACAUCAACGUGUCUAGUAGGAUGGAUGUCAUGCCUCUUGGAGAAGCGCGCAGCCGUGCGCCUUUGCCGCACAGGGUGUACAACAGUGAUGGAGAAUCCAAAACUGGACUCAGCGACAGUGGGGAUAUAAUAUGACCAGAAAAACACCAAAAAUGUGAAGCAUGGAGGAAAUACAGAACGACAGCCUGACUGCUUUAUGCUACGGAGCAAGUACAGUACACUGUGUUUGAAAAAUCUCUUCUUCUUCUUCACCCCAAGAUGGCACUAAAUCGUACACACUAACCCUAAACCAUAUCAGACAACUUCUCGAUUCUUGCUCGUGUUUCUUUUUAAAUAACGCAUAUGUAACUUGUAUCACAAAAUGUUUGUUUUUUUUUUACAAAAAAGACGCAGGAAUUAGUAUGGGAGUCUGGCUGAUGAUUCUGCAAAAAAAAUGACCUUAUAUUUUACAGGGGCAUCAAAAACACAGUUUAAUAUCUUGAAAUCUUACCCUUGUAUCAGCAAAUACAGGCUUACGGCCACAUGAGACCUAGGGGUCAGGAGGAUCCGGCCCUAGUGAUGUGGAUUUUUUUCAAAGGACAAUAUUUCAGCAUGAAACAUGACUGAUAUUUGGUAAUAACUUGUUGGAGUUGACAUCAAAGUUUGGCUGAUCUGGUGGUUGUAUUCAUUUGCAGCUCUGGCUGUUUUGGCUUGUCCAGAUUGAAAUGUGAAAACACUGCAGAAUGGUAAUCCAAGUUAAGGCACAGGGAUUUUGCAAAUGUUUGUCUUUAAAGUCGUUAAAAUCAGGCCUUUAAGAAGGAAGAACACCUUUUUUUUUCCACCUCCUUUUUUCACAUGGUUUCAAACACGCACGUCUUUCACCAGAACCA